AUGGAGCCUAGUUGUGUAUUUUAUAGCUGUUAUUUGAUUAGGUCUUUAAAUCCAGACUAUCCAAACAGAGUUUAUGUUGGGUCUACACCAGACCCUAUCAAACGUUUGAGACAACACAAUGGAGAGAUUACACAAGGUGCAAAGAAGACAACACCGUAUCGUCCUUGGGAAAUGGUAAUGUUGGUUUAUGGAUUCCCUAGCAACUUGUGUGCACUUGCAUUUGAAAAUGCCUGGCAACAUCCUCUAGAGUCUCGACACCUCAAAAGAUCAAAGUGUUAUGCCAACAAGGACAAUGCUUUUGGAAUGAGUAGUAAACAACAUGCGAAUCUAUUGCUUUCCAAGAUGCGGGCUGUACAUGAUGUCUUGUCCACAAAGCCGUUUUCUCGGUGGCCACUCAAUAUUCACUUUAUUACCCCAGCUUUCAAAUGCCUGUUUGAGGCAGAGGGGCAGGGUAUGGCGGGUAUUCUGCUACCCCAUCACAUAAAGACUACACUUGGACCACUGACUAAUCUUCCACUUAAGAAAUUCCAAUUGGAUAAGAAAGACGACCCUGUAUAUCAUAAUUUUUGUUCAAUGGCUGAUAAAGUGCCUUGUUAUAUGUGUAAACUUGAUGUUGAGAAAAAGAAUACACAGGCGUUUGUAGGCUGUUUAGAUUGUAAGAUGGUAACACAUCUAAGGUGUCUUGCCAGUCAUCUUCUUCUUAUGGACUCUGAUUCUGACAAUGAACUUGUACCAGUCAAAGGAAAAUGCCCCAAAUGUGACACUGAUAUGCUUUGGGGAGAUCUUAUUCAGGCACUCAAAAAACGUAGCACUUGGGCACUCGAAGAACAAUAA